AUGGGUUCUGGGGGCCAGCAUGAGUUGAAAGAAGAGCAGAGGCAGAGGGACAUUCAAGUAAGUCAAAAUCAAAAAAAUCCAUCAUGUCACGAAAGAAAGUCUGGUCGGAUUAACACGAAUAGAGGCCUCGGAUACAAAAGAUGUUGCAGAUCAGAAGUGGCCGAAACCGGCUGUAGAGCGUUCUCCGCACUGGCUGCAAGAUGGGCACGACGAGGCGAAGAAGCAGAACUUCCGGCUGACGCCGGCCUUUGGUACUGCAUUGACGAGAUCCGCGUGAAAAGUAGGAAUAGUUGUUCGUACAGGUCCUCACGAAUUGUUCUACCAGCGCCCGUCUCAAAGUCUGCAGGAGCCCUCGUGACCGAGGCUGUGGAUGUGGAGGCGUGCCUCUUUCCAGCUAAAGCUCACAGCCAGAUGGUAGACGCCUCUUUUGGCCGUGGCAAAGGUCAACAUGAAAUUUGCUCCUCUUUCUCGUUGCGAGACUAA